CUCAUCGUGCCCUCUCCAUCUAACUUGCCUUACCUUUCUUGCGUAGAGGGCGGGGCUAAUACUGUCGAUUGGUCGAUGUUCGUGCCAAUCAAUGAGAUGGGUUUAGUGAUUGGCGGCACUUCCGAGGGUAGCAGGUUUCUGUGUCAGUCCUGAGGAGGUAGCGUUUUCCUCGCUGCUCUUCUCUCCAGAAGGUUCUGCCGGUUCCCCCAGCUCUGGGUACUGGGCUCUGCAUCGUGCCGCCAUGAUGGGCCACCGUCCAGUGCUCGUGCUCAGUCAGAAUACAAAGCGUGAAUCUGGAAGAAAAGUUCAGUCCGGGAAUAUCAAUGCUGCUAAGACAAUUGCAGACAUCAUCCGGACAUGUUUGGGACCUAAAUCUAUGAUGAAGAUGCUUUUGGACCCAAUGGGAGGCAUCGUGAUGACCAAUGAUGGCAAUGCCAUUCUUCGAGAGAUUCAAGUCCAGCAUCCAGCAGCCAAGUCCAUGAUUGAAAUUAGCAGGACCCAGGAUGAAGAGGUUGGAGAUGGGACCACAUCAGUAAUUAUCCUUGCAGGAGAAAUGCUGUCUGUGGCCGAGCACUUUCUGGAGCAGCAGAUGCACCCAACAGUGGUGAUCAGUGCUUACCGCAUGGCACUGGAUGACAUGAUCAGCACUCUGAAGAAAAUCAGUACCCCUGUUGAUGUCAAUAACCGUGAUGUAAUGCUGAACAUCAUCAAUAGCUCUAUUACUACAAAAGUCAUCAGUCGGUGGUCCUCUUUGGCAUGCAAUAUAGCCCUGGAUGCUGUCAAGACUGUGCAGUUUGAAGAGAAUGGCCGAAAGGAAAUUGACAUCAAGAAGUAUGCAAGAGUGGAAAAGAUCCCUGGGGGCAUCAUUGAAGACUCGUGUGUCCUUCGUGGAGUCAUGAUUAACAAGGAUGUGACCCACCCACGCAUGCGCCGCUAUAUCAAGAACCCUCGGAUUGUGCUACUGGACUCUUCUCUGGAGUACAAGAAAGGAGAAAGCCAGACUGACAUUGAGAUUACACGAGAGGAGGAUUUCACGCGGAUUCUGCAGAUGGAAGAAGAGUACAUCCAGCAGCUGUGUGAUGACAUUAUCCAACUGAAGCCUGACGUGGUCAUCACAGAGAAGGGCAUCUCAGAUUUAGCUCAGCACUACCUCAUGCGGGCCAAUGUCACAGCCAUUCGCAGAGUCCGGAAGACAGAUAAUAAUCGCAUUGCUAGAGCCUGUGGAGCACGGAUAGUCAGCCGACCAGAGGAACUGAGGGAAGAAGAUGUUGGCACAGGUGCAGGCCUAUUGGAAAUCAAGAAAAUUGGAGAUGAGUACUUCACAUUCAUCACUGAGUGCAAAGACCCAAAGGCCUGCACCAUUCUUCUUCGAGGAGCCAGCAAGGAGAUACUGUCGGAAGUAGAACGCAACCUCCAGGAUGCCAUGCAAGUGUGCCGAAACGUUCUUCUGGACCCUCAGUUGGUGCCUGGUGGUGGAGCCUCGGAGAUGGCUGUGGCCCAUGCCUUGACAGAAAAAUCUAAGGCCAUGACUGGCGUGGAACAAUGGCCAUAUAGAGCUGUGGCCCAAGCUUUAGAGGUCAUCCCUCGUACCUUGAUCCAGAACUGUGGGGCCAGUACCAUUCGUCUACUUACCUCCCUUCGGGCCAAGCACACACAGGAGAGUUGUGAGACCUGGGGUGUCAACGGUGAGACUGGUACCCUGGUGGACAUGAAAGAGCUGGGUAUAUGGGAGCCGUUGGCUGUGAAGCUACAGACGUACAAAACCGCAGUGGAGACUGCAGUUCUGCUUCUGCGGAUUGAUGACAUUGUCUCUGGCCACAAGAAGAAGGGUGAUGACCAGAGCCGGCAAAGCAGUGCUCCAGAUGCUGGCCAGGAGUGAGUGGUGAGCAAGGUGACUUCAGUGUGCAGAACCAGCAGUCUCCCCUUUCCUGAGCCAGAGUUCCAGGAACACUGUGGACAUCUUUGUUUGCAAAGGAUCAAGUUGAGGGGCAGCCCCAGUCUGUCCCAUCUCAGUUUGCAAAAAGCACUGACAUGUAUCUCUUCUCUAUUGUAAGCUUUCCAUUUAGUUUGCUUCCAAUGAUUAAAUCUAAGUCAUUUGA